UUGCAUGUUGAAUAAACAUUAAUGUUGUUUCCACAUAUCAUCUGGACUUCGGGUUGCACGGUGUCAGCUGUUUAGGAUUCCCCUCCAUAAUUUCCCCUCAGAAAACACAGAGGAGAAUCCUCGCUUUCUGAUUGGCUACCUGUCACAUUCAACAUGCUGCGUCACAUUCAGACUAUUUUGAAUAUAAACAAGAAUAAAAAGCAUGAAAUUUACUGGUGAGAUGAUGUAACACCACCAGAAGAAGAUUCUGUGAUGUCACUAGAGAGGCAGUCUGUGUGAUGUCAUCAACUACACAUAUAUGUACAGAACACAAUUCUGCAUAUCUUUCAUUGCUUGCUAUAUCGCUGACCAGUUCAGACAUACUCAAAGCUCUUUCAAAUACCGUUCAGGUAAUUUAGAUACCGACUGAUUUUAGAGAACAUAUUUAAGGGAAAAUGUUUCAUCAAAACCCAAGAUACCACAAUGGAAAGAUGGGACCCCAGAUGAGAAGGGGAUUCCAGCACAACUCCCAAGGCAGGUUCCCUCCUGUGCACCCGAAUGUUUUGCACGAGGAAAUCCAAAGGCUGCGUGCUUUUUUGGAAAUGGAGAGAGCCCAAAGGUUUGAAGACAACCAACGACUGGCCCACAUGGAAGAAGAGCUGGAAGAAACCAAACUCCAGUUAAGAAGGCAGAAAGCUAUCAAAGAAGUGUUCAUCAACAAGUCCAAAGAGUCAAAGAGGGAACUCGAGAGAGUAGAGAAGCUUAGUGAUCCAGCAGCUGUCAGCGCUGCGAUCCUUGCUUCCAAGGUGCACAACGACGUGAGACAUAAGAAUAAGAAGAUGCUGCAACAAGACUUUGUAGAUCUAAAGACGGCCCAUCUCCUCAGCCAGGAAGCAUUUUCAUCAGAAAUCCAGGCUGAGAAAGAAAAAGGUAAAGCCCUCCAAGAAGAACUGGACAAACUCCAGACUUCUUACGAGGAGCUUUGCUGUAAGUAUGAAGCUGACGAGAAAAGUUUGCAGGACGAAUUGGAACAGGUCAAACGUUCAUAUGAAGAACUCGGCGGGAAGUAUGAUAGAGAUGUUUCUGGACUUAAAGCCCAAGUAGAAACAUACAAGAAAGAGAUAGAUCAUGAAAGAGAAGCCAGUUCAGAGAGAGCGAAGAAAGACCUUGAGGAAAUCAACAAACUGAAAGCUGAGCAAGAUCAUCUCUAUGAAACGAUGACAGAAGAGUUCCAGACUCUGCAGCAGAAAUUCAACGGGCUCGCAAAACUUUUAAAAUCUAAUAUAGGCCAGCAUGAAACAAACCAUUCUUCACUUCAACAGCAGGUGGAAAAUCUUCAGGUGCAAAUAACUGAGGAGAAAAAAGCUCACUUGGAAGACUUGGCUCUUCUCCACAACAUAAAAGCCAUGAAUGCCGACCUCCAGGAAAACACAGCAAAUGAUAUGAAAAUCCUGCAAGAAAAGGAAAGGGAUGCACAGACUGAGUUGGAGAAGAUUAAAGGUUUGUACCAGGAGCUGAAUUGUAGAUAUGAAACGGAUGUUGCUGCUCUAACACAACAAGCAGAUAAAUAUCAGCAAGUAAAUUGUGAGAGAAAUAUUAAAUUGGAAAGAGAAAAUGAGGAUCUCCAGCUUGACAACUCUCUGAGAGAUGAGAGGGAAGAUCUACAACAAAAAACAUCACAAGAGUUUACAGAUUUUCAAGAGAAGGAGAAAGAUUCAGAGAGCCAACCUGACCAGGUUGAAGUUUUAAUUCAAGAGGUUUCUUCUGAGGAGGAUUUCUCAGAAGAAACCUCAUCAGGUUGUUCCACGGAUUUGGAAUCCACAGCAAAGACGGAGUUCGCUGUAGAAACCAUCCAGGAGAAUGUGGACAACCCAGAUCCUCAAUCCAUGCAGGAUGGUAAAAGGAAAAAGCCAAAGCUUUCAAUUUGGAAAAAAUUACAAAACAUUCUGUGUUUGAAGAAACAGAAAAAAGAAGGAAAAGAGUGAAUGAAAAUCAAGACGUCUCACUUUAACUAUCAUGCCAUGCGACGCUCCGUCAUGACAAAAAUUAAAAAGGCAAGUUUUUCCCCCCAUUAACCAACUAGAACAAAGAUCCCUUCCUAACCCAAUUCAAAAACAAUCAAACGCUAAGAUGAAUUUGAAAUAGAAAAAAGCGGGCAGCACGGUGAUGCAGUGGUUAGCACUGCAGCUUCACAGGGAGGAUGUGUCAGAUCUUUGCUGUGUGGAGUUUGCAUGUUCUCCCCGUGCUUGCGUGGGUUUUCUCCAGGUGCUCUGGUUUCCCCCCACAUCUCCUAAAACAUGUAGGUUAGGUCAAUUGGUCAAUGUAAAUUGCCCCCCAAAAGUGUUCAAGAAACUGCAAGAAUUGCUUUAAAAAUCACCUAAAAGUCUUGAGGUAUCAGCACUAAAUCUAAGACUAUUCCUUACCCAACGAUGGCUGCUUCCUCUGCUUUAGCCCUUUUCCCUUCACUUUUUUAGUGGCAGAUGGCACAGUGCCACAACAACACAUAGCUCAAUAUUUAUAGCAACCGAUUACUUUAAGAAUUAAAAUUCUUCUUGUAAUAGAAAUGAUUUCUGUUUAUU